AUGGACUUCGAGGACGCUAAUGGUGGCUUCGGCGGCAAGAAGCAACGACCACUGCCUGAUGACUUGCCCAAAUCCCUCGACGACCGCAGUCAUCGUCCCGUCGAGCUGGUCCCCGAGACGGAAAUGUACGAUGGCUGGCAAGGACAAUCGCAGUUCCUGACCACGCCUGUCGUUCCAAAGCCACUCAAUUUUGGCGACCUAAGCUUAGACGACCGCACCUAUGACGAGGACAUUACAACAGGCUCCAAGAACAGCGACGCGCGCUUCAUGGAGAUGAUUGCCGCUCAAGCCGCUCAUCGGGUUGGCCCGGGCUUCGACGACGAGGAGACGAUACUAGCAGACGAAAAGCUGUCCGAUGGUGAAAAAAAAGACAUGUUGCAAAGAGCGUUGAACAUGGCUGCUAGCAAUGGCGAUGUCGAGAGAGUCACCAACAUUGUCAGCGGGAAAGCUAAGGCCUAUAUGGAUAUCAAUGCGCCGGACGAGGACGGGACACCACCCCUCAUAUACGCGAGCUGCUUUGGCCACGAGGGCGUGGUGCAGGCUCUUAUCGAUGCUGGCGCAGACGUUGACAAGCAAGAUCGUAACCAGUGGAGCGCGCUCAUGUGGGCGAUGACGAAUAGGCAUAAAAGCAUCGCCAAGGUCCUCCUCGACAAUGGUGCUUCAGCCGAGCAAAAAACAUCGUCCGGCCGCACCGCCUUCGAUUUUGUGCCGCCAGACAGCGACAUGUCAUUCUACCUACAUGAUAGCGGAUACAAUAUCGGCAAUGCGGGAACAGACGACUUUUACAACCCUGGAUUCUCACAGGAUCGGUUUGAGGAAGAAAUGGCGGAGAACGAGCUGCGAAGACGAAUGAUGAUGGACAGCGCCCGGGAUCUCGAGGUUGAUCUAGGCAAUGUUGGCAUGGACGACCAGCCAGAGAACUCCGACGAGCUUGAAGAAGAACAGCCCGAGUUCGACUGGACCCGAUGUCUCCAUGACCAAAUGUUUGUGUUCCAGGAACACGAGCUCGACCGCAUUCUCGACAUCAUCAUCACUAAUAUGACCCCCCAACGAUCGCCGGCACAAAAACCUGUACCUGCGAACAUGGUAUUUCUUAGCGCAAGAUACGCGCAUUACCACUCAAGCCCCGAUCUACUGGCCAAGCUCAUGAUAUCCGCCAUGGACAAGAUUAACGAUGUCGUGGAGCAAUACCAGUGGGACAUGACGAUUCUAGCAUUUUGGAUAUCGAACGCCACCCUACUGCUGCAUUAUUUAAAGAAGGACGCCGGGCUAGUGGAGGCCACGGUCGAAUUCCAGGCCCAACUGUCGGAGCUGAUAAACGAAAUCUUUAUUCUCAUCGUUCGUGACGCUGAGAGACGCUUGGAUAAGGUGCUCGAUGCGGCGAUGUUGGACCACGAGACAAUACCCGGAUUCGAAGACAUCGCAUUCCAGAACGAGUGGAGGAUCUUUAAACGAAAGGCGCAGGUGAAAGAAGAGCCCCUCGAAAAGCGCUUCCGACCCCCUUCACCGAAGCAACGGGCGAAGCCUGCGCCGCGCAACGUCACCUCCCUACUGUCGUCUACCUUGUUCGUUCUUGACCUUUAUGAUAUCCACUCUGUGAUUACGGCACAAAUUAUCUCUCAGCUACUUUACUGGCUCGGCGCCGAACUAUUCAACCGCAUUAUGUCUAACCGCAAAUAUCUUGCACGGACAAAAGCUAUGCAGAUUCGCAUGAACAUCUCGACGUUGGAGGACUGGGCUAGAACCAACAAUCGCCAACCGGAGCAUUACGAAGGAGGCGAGACAAGGUCGUCAGGCGAGACAACGGUGGACGCUGCCAGGCGACACCUGGCUCCCGUUAUUCAGCUGCUGCAGUGGCUUCAGUGCUUCUCGUCACUCGGUCCCGAUGACCUAGAGGCCCUUGUUGGUACCUUGCAACAGCUAAAGAGGCUAAGCCCACAGCAGCUCAUCCACGCAGCAUCACAUUACAGACCCGAAGUCGGCGAAAAGGGGCUACCCAAGAGCGCCCUCAAGUAUCUAAACGCGAUCCAGGCGGAACACGUACGUAGGAAAGAGGAUCGCAAGAGCAGUGCGCCAUCAACACCAGUCAGGGGGAAACCCACGAACGGGAGCACCACGAAUACGCCAACGAGCCAGGCAGCGACGCAGACACCUGGCGGCAAUGAGAGCGAUGGCGAGGAAGAGGACGCGCCGGAAAACUUGUUGAUGGAUCCAGCAAUGAUGCUACCAUUUACGCUGCCGUCAGUCACGGAUAUGCUGGUCUCGUACGGGGCUGGCUUCGGGGGUGUCAACAGAGAGAGAGCACGCAAGUACAUUCCCACGGUGCCGCCGGAGUUUUUGUCAAAACUUGAGGCUAGUGGCGCACGUAAGGGGCCCAUGUUUAGUGAGAAAGAUUGGGAGAAUGAAGAGGUCUAA